UGGACAACCAGCACAUGCUCCACUACAUUCGAGAUAAAACAGCGGUCCCGUAUUUCAGUAACCUGGUCUGGUUUAUCGGCAGUCAUGUCAUCGAACUGGACAAGUGUGUGCAGACAGAUGAAGAGCAUAAGAACAGAGGAAAGUUGAGUGACCUGGUAGCAGAGCACCUUGAUCAUCUCCACUACCUGAAUGACAUCCUCAUCAUCAACUGUGAAUUCCUGAAUGACGUGUUAACUGAUCACCUCCUCAAUCGUCUCUUUCUACCCCUCUACGUCUACUCUCUGGUCAGUCCUGAGAUG